GUGCAUCUGUUUUUGGUCCGCUUCGUGCUCAUGGUGCCGCUGGGGAGCCGAAGCUUUACGCCAACGAGGCAUGAAUAUGACACUCAUGGCGGCUGUGGCAGCGUCCAUCCUGUGCUACCUGGUGGCGGCGUCAUCGAGUCCAAGCGUGGAAAUCGGCUACGGAAAGAUCGUGGGCACCAGCAGCGAAGUUCCCGUUGGCGACGGCAACAACAGGUCCGUGAACGCGUUCCUGGGCAUACCGUACGCCACGCCGCCCGUGGGCGCCCUGCGCUAUGCGAGGCCGACGCCGCCGCAGUCCUGGAGCCCCUACGUGCUGCAGGCCACGGCGAAAGGCCCUUCCUGCGUCCAGUUCCUUUCCGCCAACCCGAUCCCCGGAUGGGUGGCCAGAGAUGUCGAGCAGAGCGAGGAUUGCCUCUAUCUCAACGUCUGGACGCCCGAACGGACAAAUCGAACUGUUCUCAAGACCGUCCUCGUCUGGAUUCACGGCGGGGGCCUCAACUACGGGUCGGCGUCCAUGGACCUGUACGACGGCGCGGUCCUGGCGGGGGUCGGUGACGUGGUGGUCGUGUCCAUGAACUACAGGCUGGGGUCCUUCGGGUUUCUGGCGCUCGGGGAGGGGGGCAAGCCUUCGCUGGGGAAUCAGGGGUUGAUGGACCAAGUGCUCGCGCUGAAAUGGGUCCGCGACCACGUCGCGAGUUUUGGUGGCGAUCCCGAGGCGAUCACCAUCUUCGGCCAAAGCGCCGGCGCUUGGUCAGUCAACUACCACGUCCUCUCUCCGCUCGCCCGAUCCCUAUUUAAGAGAGCCAUCGUGCAGAGCGGGGCCGUGGUCGUUAACUUCUUGACCGAAUCGGCGAGCGGGGCAAGGCAGCGGACACUAGCCUUGGCUGAAACUCUGGAAUGUUCGACGACCAGUGGCGACGAAGGCAUCGUCAAGUGUCUACGAAACAAGAGUGCCCAUGAAAUCGCGCUUGCGGAGGCCUUUGUCUGCGCAGACUUCGUCAUCUGCUUCGGUGCCGUCUACGGAGACGACUACCUUCCGUCGGAUCCCCUGUCUUCAGCCGACGUCGGCGUGACCAAGGACUUUCUGCUGGGAAACGUUGAAAACGAAGGCUCAGUGUUCGCCAGUCUGCAGCACUGGGCGCAAUUUCCGUUCAAGGGCGCGCUGGACGUAAAGAAGCGCGACAUGUUUCAUUUUUUCUUGAAGUCGUUCGCGUUCGCGCCGGCUGCCGUCACAAGGCACAUCUUCGAGCUGUACCUGGAAGGUGUGGACGAGCGUGAUUUCCCGAGCCUUCGUGCCGGACUGGGACACGCAAUUGGGGACGCCUUCCUGCGCUGCCCCGAGGUGUUCCUCGCGGAGAGAUUGUCUCGGCAGAAGUCCAGGCUUUUUUACUACGAGCUGGUGUUUCAUUCCGACCACCAGGCGGCCUACAUGGACCCCUGGUUGGGACUGACACACUUCGAAGACUUGCAGUACGUGUUUGGACUUCCUCUGAGAACACACCGGAGCUCAACAUAUUCGGAAGCUGACGCCCGAUUCAGCCGAGAAAUCAUUCGUGUCUGGACAACGUUCGCGAAGACGGGGAGCCCUCCGGACGUGAACGGGGCGCUGUGGCCGGCGUUCGACACCGAGAGACACAGUGUGGUGUCUCUGGACUCGAACAACUCGCGCGUCGGCCCCCUCGAGCGACUCGCCAAGUGCCGCUUCUGGGAGGCCCUCGUCGCCCAGAGGCACUCGGAAGUGGACAGCUGCUCCUGAGCUUCGAUGUGCGCCGGUCUUCUGGGCUUCGUUCUACACCCGCUUUAACGCGUUGGGACGCGUUCUCUCUGUGUUCUAAAAGAACGGCCAAACUAUGUUCUGCAGACGCUACGUACAAACGAGUCAGCGUUCACCUACAGGUGUGGACCCUGCGAGUGUGCAGAAACCAGCGGGAGCGGGGAGCAGCUGUUGAAUUGAAGACAAGGAACAGGUGCAGCUUCUCAAAGGGGCUUUUAUUCCCAACGUCCGCUCAGGCAGCUCAGGAUACGCAAGAGCUAUACAAAAAUGCAGCAAGACCAAUGCACUUUGUGCGCAAGCGCAGCUCUCCCAUCAUCAUCAUCUUCGUUCGCACUUGAUCAGUUUUGUUCUGGAUUUUGAGCGCAGGAUCUAAACUCAAAUGUUCCUGGCGUGCGUGGAACAGGCCCCGCGCAGAUUCUUCCAUUGACGGACUGAUAACAUGUUUAUUGACCAUCUUAAUUACGAAAGCGCAAAGGACAAGAACAGGACAAAGAAUGAACAAGACAAGCGCUUUCCUUCUUUGUCCUGUUCUUGUCCUUUGCGCUUUUGUAAUUAAGAUGUUAAACCAACUUGCCCAACUGUUAAUUUUAAUUUAUUGACCAUUGUCUCAAAAAAACAAAACAAAAGACUUCGCCUUUCCACUCAGGUGAAGAAGAAAGACCAGCGAAGCUGUACGCUCGUCCCGUGUGAUUCUUCUUCAUCCUUGUCUGUUUUGCGCGCUGUUUCCUACGAUGAAUUCCCACCAACUCGCCCAACGAUCCAUUCUUUUAUGAUAGCUGUAGGGU